AACAAUUUCCUGAUGACUGGUCCAAAGGCUUACCUGAUCUACUCCAGCAGCGUGGCAGCAGGUGCUCAGAGUGGUAUUGAAGAAUGCAAAUACCAGUUUGCCUGGGACCGCUGGAACUGCCCUGAGAGAGCCCUGCAGCUGUCCAGCCAUGGCGGCCUUCGCAGUGCUAAUCGGGAGACAGCAUUUGUACAUGCCAUCAGUUCUGCUGGGGUCAUGUACACUCUGACUAGAAACUGCAGCCUUGGGGAUUUUGACAACUGUGGCUGUGAUGACUCCCGCAAUGGGCAACUGGGGGGCCAAGGCUGGCUGUGGGGAGGCUGCAGCGACAACGUGGGCUUUGGAGAGGCAAUAUCCAAGCAGUUCGUCGAUGCCCUGGAGACAGGACAGGAUGCCCGGGCAGCCAUGAACCUACACAACAACGAGGCUGGCCGCAAGGCGGUGAAGGGCACCAUGAAACGCACGUGUAAGUGUCAUGGCGUGUCAGGUAGCUGCACCACGCAGACCUGCUGGCUGCAGCUGCCCGAGUUCCGCGAGGUGGGCGCACACCUGAAAGAGAAGUACCACGCAGCUCUCAAGGUGGACCUGUUGCAGGGUGCUGGUAAUAGCGCGGCCGGCCGCGGCGCCAUCGCCGACACCUUUCGCUCCAUCUCCACGCGGGAACUGGUGCACCUGGAGGACUCCCCAGACUACUGCCUGGAGAACAAAACGCUUGGACUGCUGGGCACCGAAGGCAGAGAGUGCUUGCGGCGCGGCCGGGCCCUCGGACGCUGGGAACGCCGCAGUUGCCGUCGGCUGUGCGGGGACUGCGGGCUGGCGGUGGAGGAGCGCCGCGCCGAGACGGUGUCCAGUUGCAACUGCAAGUUCCACUGGUGCUGCGCGGUCCGCUGCGAGCAGUGCCGUCGGCGGGUCACCAAGUAUUUCUGCAGCCGCGCGGAGCGGCCGCGGGGGGGCGCGGUGCACACACCCGGGAGAAAACCCUAA